AUGAACAAAGCAUUGUUCUUGCGUAUUGUUCAUCGGCUCUCCAACGAAGUCCCUUUCUUUCAACAGAGGAGAGAUGCUCGGGGUAGACUUGGUCUAUCUGCACUUCAAAAAUCUACAGCCGCAAUUCGUCUCUUAGCUUAUGGUACUGCGCUUGAUUCCGUUGACGAGUACCUCCGUCUAGGAGCAACUACUGCUCGUUCAUGUCUAGAAAAUUUUGUGGAAGCAAUUAUAAAUCUUUUUGGCGACGAGUACCUCAGAAGACCCACAGCAGAAGAUCUUCAACGUCUACUUAAUAUUGGAGAGGAACGCGGUUUUCCCGGGAUGAUAGGAAGCAUCGAUUGUAUGCAUUGGGAGUGGAAGAAUUGUCAUACCGCUUGGAAAGGCCAGUACCCUCAACGAUAUAAUGUUCUUGAACGUUCACCCGUUUUUGAUGACAUUAUAAAAGGUCAAGCUCCGAAAGUGAAUUUCUUUGUCAAUGGAAGGGAGUAUCAUUUGGCAUAG